CUGCAUUUCCGGUUUCGGGGCGGGUAUUUCGUUACGGUUGUUGCGUUGGGAAUGGGUCGCAAGAAGAGGAAGCAACUGAAGCCAUGGUGUUGGUAUUGCAAUCGGGAGUUUGACGACGAGAAGAUUCUAAUCCAACAUCAAAAGGCAAAACACUUCAAAUGUCCUUAUUGUCACAGAAAAUUGUUCACCGGUCCUGGUUUGUCGAUUCAUUGCAACCAAGUUCACAAAGAGAAGCUGGAUAAGAUUCCUAAUGCCUUGCCAAACAGAACAAGCACUGUCAUUGAUAUAUACGGCAUGUCCGGUAUUCCGGAAGUAGAUAUGAUCGAACAUGAAAGACAGAAAUUUGGGUUAGAAGGUGAAGACGAACCACCAGAGAAAAUAGCCAAAGAAGAUGAAAGUGCCCCGUUUUACCCACCACCACCUAUCCACCCUGCACUGCCUUUCAUGCAAACCUUGUGUCCACCUAUAGCACCUUUCGGACAUAUUGGACUUCACAGCCUCCCUCCACAUUUGAAUUCAGUACACUAUGUACCACCACCACCACCGCCUCCUCCUCCUGCAGCUCCCGCUCCUCCUCAGCCAGCUACUCCAAAUGACGAAAAGUCCCCUACAACUACUCCAAAGGCUACUUUUCCUGCCUAUUCGUCUCCAUCGUCUAACGUAAAAGCCAACGUGUCCAAAGUCCCGAAGCCCACGUCGGGAGUUAAUGGAGUAAUCAUCGAGUUAAUUCAUCCCGAUGAAGACUUGUCCCUAGAGGAAUUAAGAGCUGAGUUGCCGCGAUACAAAACUAUUGUUGAGAAUGCAGCAAAAAAGAUUAUACCUCCUCCUAUUCCUAUAACUCUGGGACUAACAACUCCAAGUUUCAUACCUCCACAGCCGACACAAAUUGUGUAUCCUCCGAUUGUGCCUACAGCCUCCGUCCAGAUGCCGUUUGCUUACGCGCCUGGAUUUAUCCCUCCGCCUGCUUUCGGCUUGCCGACGAUGCAACCUCAAAUCGCGCCUGCUCCAGGUCAACUUACACCCUGGGCUGGAAUGCCACAGUUACGGUUCUAACGCAAGUCAGUCGUUCGUACGUUUAUCCAAAGCUUGUGAUCUGAACUUUAACUGAUCAUGUGUUGUACAUUUAACUUUAACUAUGUUAAUCGUAAACAAACUUACUUUGCGUUUCUUGUUUUCUUUUAAAGUGUGCUGGAAACAAUGUAAGUCAAACUAAUGAAAUAUAUCUGGUAGGUCAUUAUUUUAAACAGCCCAGUAUAAUGUGAUCGCCGAUGUACACUGGUUCCUCAGUGAAAAAAUUCUGUUUUGGAUAGAAAGAUACUUAAAGGUCAGCACAGUAUAUCGCACAUUACACGAGUACUUCACGUAGUUCAGAUGGAUCAUAAAACCCAGUGCAUCCACACCUUGAUGCCUAAAGGUAGGUUUUUGUCAUAGGGAAUAGGGGUAAGUAGCAUUGUUUUAUUUCAUUGUCAUGUGGGUAAAGACAUGUUGCCGCAUAGAUUGAGAAGUCAAACUACAGCAAGGUUCGCAGAUCAGCGUGUUUUUAUUUGUGAACUGAUCUACACAGCUUAUCAUAGGCGAUAGUUCACACGUUCAACCUGUCAAAUUUAGGGUAAAAUAACGAAAGAUUGUUCGAAAUAUACCAAAAUUCCCGAAAUUAGGCAAAUAAACAGUGAAGGCUUUGGUCUUGAAUAUUGAUUACUAAGCAAGAGAGUCUAAGCAGUCUAUUGUGUCGUGUUAACCAAGAUAGUAUCUCGUUCUUACGAAAGUAGUCUUCACGAUCGUCGCAAGUCAGUGACUACUGU